CUCUUUGUCCACAUACGCUGUUCAAGUUUCUUGUACUCUUUUUUCCCUUUUCUGUCGUUGUCUUCUGCAACCCGCGAAUAAUGGUCCUCUCGAUAUUUGGACGAAGGGCUUUGACGCGAUUUCAACAAGUGCGGAGUGUGCGAGGCUUUGCCGCGGCUGCUGCAGAUGCGAACGAUGGGAAACUGCCAUUGAAGGGUAUCAAAGUAUUGGAUAUGACCAGAGUGCUGGCUGGCCCCUACUGCACUCAGAUCCUCGGCGACCUGGGCGCCGAAGUCAUCAAAAUCGAACAUCCCACCCGUGGUGACGACACCAGAGCAUGGGGCCCACCGUACGCCAAACACAUCACCGGCACUCCCACCCAAAACGCCGCACCAGGAGAAUCGGCCUACUUUCUCAGCGUAAAUCGCAACAAAAAGUCCCUGGCUUUGUCCUUCCAAUCUCCCCCAGGAGUGAAGAUACUGCAUAAACUUGCCAGAGAAUGUGAUGUCUUGGUGGAGAAUUACUUACCGGGCGCGUUGAAAAAGUAUGGUAUGGAUUAUCAGACGUUGAAGGAAGUCAACCCGAAGUUGAUCUAUGCGAGUAUUACUGGUUAUGGACAGACUGGACCGUAUUCGAAUCGUGCGGGUUAUGAUGUGAUGGUUGAAGCAGAAAUGGGUCUCAUGCACAUCACCGGCACCCGCGAUGGCCCCCCCUCAAAAGUCGGCGUAGCAGUAACAGAUCUCACCACCGGCCUCUACACCUCAAACUCCAUCCUCGCCUCCCUGAUCUCCCGCUCCCUCACAGGACGCGGUCAACACAUCGACGUCGCACUCUCAGACUGCCAAGUAGCCACUCUCUCCAACCUCGCCUCCUCCCACCUCAUCUCCGGAAAACCUGAUUCCGGCCGUUGGGGCACUGCUCAUCCUUCAAUCGUCCCUUACAAAGGCUUUGAAACAGCUGAUGGCAGCAUCAUGCUAGGAGGAGGAAAUGACCGGCUUUUCGGCGUUUUGUGCGAUCGUCUGGAUAAGUCAGAGUGGAAGAGCGAUCCGAAAUUCGUGACGAAUGCGCAAAGAGUGGCGAAUAGAGAUUUGUUGGAAGAACUGAUUACGACUAUUACAAAGACGAAGACGACUCAGCAGUGGUUAGAUGUGUUGGAGGGAAGUGGGAUGCCGUAUGCAGCCGUCAACGACAUUGCAGGCACCAUGAAGCAUGAACACGUCCUGGCAAGAGACAUGGUAACCACAAUCGACCACCCAACCUGCGGACCCAUAAAACUCGUCAACACGCCUGUAAAGUACUCGGAAUCUGCACCAUCCAUCCGUUCUGCUCCCCCGACACUUGGCCAACAUACCAGUGAAGUCCUGCAAGAACUCGGCUACAGUGAUGCAGAGAUUGACGGAUUCAAAACUGAUGGUGUUGUCAGUUGAGAGUUUUUGGAGAAGAAAGGGAAGAAAUCUGGGGUGGGGGGGGGGGGGG